AUGACCUCCAUUCGUAAACUUAACGACGAUGUCCUUUUCAUUGUCUUCUCCUUCUUGGAGCGGAAGGACGCACUCGCAGCGUCCUACUGUGCAAAGAGGUUCUAUCACCUGGCGAUCACUGCGGCCUUUAGGUCCUUCAAAAUAUCCAAGGACCAAUGGAAGGACGAGAACGGAUGGGGUCUCCGAGAAAAUACUCGUAAAAUUGUCACUUUCUCCGAGCUGCUCCAAAGGAAGGAUCGUCUCUAUAAGGGCCUUCACCGGGGUCGACACCUUCGCCGGUUGGCUCUCCGUAGCAUGGACGGUCCCGACUUCCUUCAUUUCCCCAUCCUCCUGACCGCCGCCGACCGUUUGCAGAAACUUCUACUGGAUAGCUUCGAGUACGUUCUGAGCGAGAACAAUCCCGUUGCUGAAGUAAUAGGGAACAUGGGCGAGCUCAAGCAGCUCAUCAUCCGGGACGUGGGGCCCUGGACCAUCGAACGACUACCGGCCAUCCUGUCCGCAAAGAAGCUCAUCUCCUUGUCUCUCACGCUCGACAAAUCGUUCUACCAGGACGUUGUAGAUGCAAAGUUCGACCUCGCCAGUCUCGCCGCCUCUGUCUCCGCAGCUCCUGCACUGCGCUCCCUACACAUCUCCGCGAUCGACAUACCAGCCUUCUAUGAAGCACGUCCCUCGUACCGCAUGUCAAGCCUGAAGCGGCUGUCACUCAUCUGCCUUCGUGAUGUCUCCGCGGCGUUCAUCGACCUCUGCGACACCCUAGAAAUGUGCGCUAUCGAGCCGGAGCAGUAUUCGGACGCAGUUCUAGAUAUCCCUGCAGCAGGUCAACCGCCCCUCCAAGUCGCGGAGCUUCACCUCCUCCGCUGCAUCGGCAUUUCCACAGAGACAGCCAGGCGGGUGGGUGAAGUUGGGUUGAUAUCGUUGGGCGGCAUCAUCACCCCCUUGUCCGGCAUCGACGACGUGCGGCCGCUCGUCCCUCUUCUUCAGUCGGCCCGGCCCAUCGCCGUGGAGGUAUUCUCAGCAGGCGAGUUGACGGACGGGGAACAAAUGUGGCACGGACUGUUUCAAGGCGCCCCUCGCCUACGCUACUUGGAGAUCACCGUGACAGAUGGGGAUUGCAACAUCGCCGAUUACAAGGCGAUGCUGCUGGCUGCGCUCAGGUGUACAGCCAUCAGCUACCUUAAUCUCUAUUGUCUUCCAGGAUGUGGACCACUCCCGGUGGAUAUGCUCUGGGGUGAUGUUGCGUCUGAAGAGGAGGAGUCUCACCGCGAAGCCGAGAGGGUUUUCGCCGAGGGGCUGGCGUCAAUCCCGUACGAGUUAGCCGCGGGUCUGCCGGCGCUGCGGGUCAUCGCGAUGUCUCACAGCCGAGCGAUUGAGGCCCGGGUCGCGGAAAACGAGAUGUGGAACGGCGGAUGGGGCGACGGGGAACGAGUCAACCUAUCAUGGCCCGACUCACGUUUAUCUCGCGAAUCGGCGAAGGGAACGCGGGUCGAUCGGUGGUGGCGGGUCGAGGUGGACGGCUCGAACCGCAGGCCCGUCGAGAUCUCGCGGGAAGAGGCCGAGGUUAUGCGCGAGGAGAUCCAGAGGGCAGACUUCGACAUUGCGACGACGCUGAAGGCUGCCAAAUUAGCUGCCGGCCGUCUGCUUCAGGCGCUGCGCUGA